CUAAGCAUUUUUUAGAGAGAGAAAGAAAACAACAUAAAAAGCUUAUUAGAGAGAGAGAGAGAGAGAGAAAGAAAUCAGAAAAUAGCGAGAAAACACAACAGUCAAAAAGAAUUGAAAUUAAGGUUACUCGUCUUCUUUGUUGGUUCCUUAAAACCAGCUAAGCUAAUUUUCCGACACUUUUUUGUCUCCUUCUCUUUCUCUCCUCCAUAACUAUAACUUUAAGCUUUCUCUCUCCUCAUUUCAACUCGGUGCAUCGUAUUUACAUUCUACUGAGUCGACUCGUUCCCAAGAACUUCAUAACUAGCUCAACCCACAAAAGUUUCUUCUUUUUAUAUUCGGAAUUUGGUUAAAGUUUUAAACUUUUUAUCUUCUAAGAAUCUUCAGUUUGUUAUGAGAAAGAGGUAGGCUAAACUUGAAUGUCUAUGAAGACAUUUAAAGCAUGGAGAUGGUUGCCUAGAAAGAAGACUCUCCUGUCUGAUGCGGGACCACAUGGAGCACAUGGAUUCAGGAUGAGACAACUAGCUUUCAUGGGAUUUGUAUGUAUAGCGAUGAUGUUCAUUGUGUACAGAACUACAAACUACCAGUAUCAACAGACAGAGAUAGACGCUAAAAGGCAUCCUUUUGAUAGCAUAGAGAAUUCAAGGACACUGGAAUUGAAUAGAUUACCUCAAGGCAUCAUUCAAGCACGAUCGGAUUUGGAGUUGAAACCCUUGUGGUCUCGUACAAGGGAUAAGGUUGAUGACUCCACCAACCAUAACUUACUUGCAAUUGCUGCUGGUAUUAAACAGAAGCAUAAUGUUGAUUCUAUAGCUCAGAAGUUUCUUGCAGAAAAUUUUACAAUUAUGCUGUUUCAUUAUGAUGGCAACAUGAACAGCUGGUGGGAUUUAGAUUGGAGUAACAAGGCCAUUCAUAUAGUUGCACAUAAUCAAACAAAAUGGUGGUUUGCAAAACGCUUUCUACAUCCAGAUAUUGUUUCUAUCUAUGACUACAUAUUUCUCUGGGAUGAAGAUCUAGGGGUGCGGCACUUUCAUCCAGGAAGGUACUUGAAAAUUGUGAAAGCUGAGAGAUUUGACAUAUCUCAACCAGCUCUGGAUUCCAAUUCGACUGAAAUACAUCAUCGUAUUACGAUUCGUAAAAAAACAAAGAUGUACCAUAGGAGAAUCUAUGAUUCCCGGGGUUUUACAAAGUGUACAAGUUCUAGCAUGGGACCACCAUGCACUGGGUGGGUGGAAGGCAUGGCUCCUGUAUUUUCGAGGUCAGCUUGGCGUUGUGCUUGGCAUCUUAUACAGAAUGAUCUUGUUCAUGGCUGGGGAUUGGAUAUGAAGCUCGGUUAUUGCGCACAGGGUGAUAGGACAAAAAGGGUAGGCAUCAUCGAUAGCGAAUAUGUUGUUCAUCAAGGCAUACAAACUCUAGGUGGUGCAUCGGCUAAAAAGGUCCUAAAUAAAGAUGGCUCUUUAAAGAAACGUUCAGGCGUUGACCAUCGUGCGUGGAUUCGCAGGCAAUCAACAUGGGAGCUUGAAGUAUUCAAAGAAAGGUGGGAGAAAGCUGUGAAGGAGGAUACUAGUUGGAUAGAUCCAUAUUCGAGAAAUAGUUGGUUUAACAUCUUCGCUAGAACUAGAAAAAUUCGAGGGAAAAGAAGGUGGUAAGAGGAAUGUUCAUAUCAUAUAUAUAUGAAUAACAAAAGAGUUUCAACGUAAUCGUAUAGACGUUUCCAGAAGGGGUCACCUUGGUACUCAGAGGUUCAUGUGGUCAUAUCACCGAGUUGAGUUAUACCUUACAUAAUUCAUGUUAUUGCUGUGUAGUUACAGGACCACAUCGAUUUAUUCAUUAUUUCAGUUUCAUAUUGUAAA